GCAGACAGUCCCAUGUCAGGCUUGACUGAUACUGCCCAUCUGAGGGCGAUAUCAUGCAGACGCAAGAGAGCAAGCAAGCGCGUGUAUCUGCGCGGGGUAGGGAGCUCAGAGGGAGGGAGGGGGAGAGAGGAGUAUAAGAGAGCUAGGCUGAGCCACGAGCAAGUCUUCACUUCACACGCACCUGACGGCAGGAGGCAAACAGCGAAGGAAUGCCCUCCACUGAGUCACGGCCCAACGGAACCAGCGCCGGGGGAUGCAUGCUGAAGGUGCUGUGCUGGCAGUGUGUGUGCUGGCUCUGUCCGUUCCUCCUCCUGCUCUCGUUACCCGAACACACACACGCAGGCCGGCCUCGCUGUGGCAUUGAGCUGAUGGCCGACCUGGAGUUCGUCUGCGGAGACCGUGGCUUCUACCGGGGUCGGACUGGAGGUCGACGAGGCCUUGCUCGGGCACGAGGGAAAGGCAUCAUUGAUCAGUGCUGUGUGAAGGGAGGCUGUGACCUGCAGUACCUGGAGUCCUACUGCGCCAAGCCCAAACGCAAGCGUCGUCAUGCAGCAGACGCAGCACAGCACGACAUGGAGCUGAUGUUCAGAGCCCUGUUUGUGAGGAGGUACACACAGCAGGCUUCACACAUGGCAGACAGACACGAGGAGAGGACACAGUUCCUGAAGACCCGCAGAGACUCGCACAAACUGACAGAAAAGCAACCUCCGUUACCUGAGCAACUGAACGAUGACGCUUCUUUACAACACAGUGGCAGCUCAACAACAGAACAACACCACAACAGCGACCCACCCUUACAACCUGACGCACAGCCUAUGAAAAGGACUUGUUUGCCUGCAUUUGGAUAAUGGACACUAUGGUCAACUUGUGCCUGUUCAAAAAGACAUUUGGGGGAACAUGGGUUGAGCCCAUAGAUGCCAUGACAGUGGGAGGGGAAGGGGGACAGAAGGGUCUCUGGUGCACAUUGAGAGGGGCAGUGUUGGCAUAUUGUAUGAUGAAAUAGAAUUGAGUUGUGUAUGUGUGUGUGUGUGAGAGAGAGAGAGAGAGAGAGAGAGAGAGAGAGAGAGAGAGAGAUUCCUUGACAGAGUCUUGUUUCCGCUGCAGCUGGACUGUUCUUUUCCCAUCUCUUUGGAUUUUGUGUGAUCUGUUCCCUGGUCUUCAGGGCUGUGCCCCGUUGUCACACCAGAUAGCUGUCUGAGGGAACUGUGUCAGACUCAUAGACAGGUGAUGUGAGCUACUGGGGCAAAGGUAGCGCCAUGUAAAGAUGUUUUGCUGAGUGGACUAAUAUAGAAACGAUCUAAGAGUUAGAGGAAAACAACCUCAUGUCCUAACUUCGUCCCCACUUAGAUGACAUAAACAGUUCAUAAAGUCCAUAUUCUAUAUCCAACGUCUAAUGUUGGACUCUGCUUUAUCUGAAGCUGCUAUUAUCCUCUAGAUGCUGGUUUUGUCUACUGGUAAUGUCUUUCCUCAGCUUCCCAUGUCUUGUCAUUUUUCACACACAUUUCCUCAUGGUACUGUGAAUACCAUCAUAAUACCACCAGAAUACUGAGUUUUCACUAUCUGUCAUCUAAAAAAAA